AACAUCGAAGAGCUGAGCCACUGCUUUGGAAGUGGGAGCUGGUGGCCGCUGGAGCCGGAGAGGGGGAUUUUCGUCUUGCUAAGGCUUCUGAAAAGAGAAUUAUGAGCUUCAGUGAAAGGUAUCAGAAAUCAGUAGAUGUAAACUACUGCAAGAAAUUGCAUGUCGAGUCACUAAGAAAGAUACAGAAUCAAGUCAGGGACCAAAUGGUGCGGAACGAAAAUGAUGAUCGCGUGGAGCGCAAGAGAUUCCUCAGAUUAUUACAGAAUGAACAAUUUGAAUUGGAUAUGGAGGAGGCCAUUCAAAAGGCAGAAGAAAACAAAAGAUUGAGGGAACUUCAGAUUGAACAAGAAGAAAAACUGGCUAUGGAACUGGCAAAACUAAAACAUGAAAGUCUAAAGGAUGAAAAGAUGAGGCAACAAGUAAGAGAAAACAGUAUUGAGCUCAGAGAAUUGGAGAAGAAAUUAAAAGCAGCUUACAUGAAUAAAGAAAGAGCAGCUCAGAUCGCAGAAAAGGAUGCCAUUAAACAUGAGCAGAUGAAACGUGAUGCUGAAAUAGCCAAAACCAUGAUGGAAGAACAUGAGAGAGCCAUGAAGGAAGAGAAUGCUGCAGAGGACAAACGGAAUAAAGUAAAAGCACAGUAUUAUCUUGACUUGGAGAAACAACUUGAAGAACAAGAAAGGAAAAAGCAGGAAGCCUAUGAGCAGUUACUGAAAGAGAAACUCAUGAUUGAUGAAAUUGUUAGGAAAAUCUAUGAAGAAGACCAGUUGGAAAGACAACAAAGGUUAGAAAAAAUGAAUGUAACUCGAAGGUACAUAGAAGAGUUUCAGAAAGAACAGGCUCUCUGGAGAAAGAAGAAACGUGAGGAGAUGGAAGAAGAAAACAGAAAAAUAAUAGAGUUUGCCAACAUGCAACAACAAAGAGAAGAAGAUCGAAUGGCAAAAGUUCGAGAGAAUGAGGAAAAAAGGCUGCAGCUUCAGAAUAUGCUGACUCAGAGAUUGGAAGAAAUGCUGCAGCAACGUGAAGAUUUGGAACAAGUGAGACAAGAAUUAUACCAGGAAGAACAAGCUGAAAUACAUAAGAUGAAACUAAAAGAGGAAGCAGAAGAGAAAUCAAGAAAGCAAAAGGAGUUGAAACAAGAUUUUCUAGAACAAAUGGCCCUGAAGGAACUAGUACUCCAGGCUGCGAAAGAGGAAGAGGAGAACUUUAGAAAAGCUAUGCUAGCUAAGCUUGCUGAGGAUGACCGGAUAGAACUGAUGAAUGCUCAGAAACAAAGAAUGAAGCAGCUAGAACACAGGAGGGCUGUGGAAAAACUUAUUGAAGAGCGUCGCAACCAGUUCCUUGCAGACAAACAACACGACCUGGAAGAAUGGCAGUUGCAGCAAAGACGACAAGGGUGUAUUAAUGCAAUUAUUGAAGAAGAAAGACUAAAACUCCUCAAAGAACAUGCUACUAAGUUACUAGGCUAUCUCCCUAAGGGAGUAUUUAAAAAGGGAGAUGAUAUCAAUAUGCUUGGUGAAGAGUUUAGAAAAGUCUAUCAGAAAAGGAGCGAACUUUGUGAAGGGAAGUGAUACCAUCAAGAUGUGGUAAAACCUGGAUUGUUUUGUUUUCACCACUAGAUGUCAGUGUGCCUUUUGUUUCACAGGUCAGUGAUAGACUACAAUCUAUUUGGAUUUUCUAUCUCUGUAUUUCAUCAUUUGUAAACAAUUAUCUAUAAGAAAAUGUUUAUUUUCUGACUAAAUGGCAGUAUACAGUUAAUUCCUGUUAGUUAAAUUCUUAUUCUUGGACUGAUCAAGUGAAGACCUGAGUUACAUACCACAUUACAACAUUCUCUCUAUAUAAAUCCAUUAGAGGCCAAACCCGGGAGACUAACUUCUCCACACUACUCCUGCUGCUCGGAGCUUUUUCUGCAUCUCCAUUCAGACUACAGUUCUGUUGGUAUUUGUGUUUUGGGAAAGCAUCUUUUUCUUUCUACUAUAAGGGAAAAGAAUAGUAAAGAGUGAGGAAUUUCAAAGUGAUUUAUUGUCAAUAAGAACUUAGAAAUUCUCUUUUUAUCACAUAAACUGUCAUUUACGAACUAAAAUUAAAUCUCCAGAUCAUUAAAAUACUUUAGAUUUGGGGGAUACAAAAUUGAUAUGUGAUUAUUAGAAAAUUGUGACCCACUUGCCCUUUACUAUAAUAUAAACAGGAAAUUUGUUGCAA